UGUAUUUUGUAUUUUGUAUUGCUUCUGUGCAUCUUUGUCCCUUCUUCCAUUUCCAUCUUGUGGUUCCUAAGCAGACAAAUCAUUCAAAAUUCUCACUCCCUCCUCUCCUCCCUUUUUACAACAUCAUUUCCUCUGCCAAACUACCAAUUCUGCCCCCACCUUUAUAAAAUCCCCUCCCUCUGCCACCCACUUUUCUGCAACUUCUUCUUCUUCUACCUCUCAUCAAUGGCUGCCAUGUCCUCUCGUGACUCUUCUGGCUCAUGGACUCCAAACCAAAACAAGGCCUUCGAAAGGGCCUUGGCUGUCUUUGACAAGGACACCCCUGAUCGCUGGCACAAUGUCGCCAACGCCGUCGGCGGCAAGACCGCCGACGAAGUCAAGAGGCAUUUCGACCUUCUCGUCGAAGAUGUCAAGCACAUCGAAUCCGGCCGCAUUCCCUUCCCUAAUUACACCGCCACCACCACCGGAUCCUCCAAUGGCAACGUCAAUGACGAGGAAAAAAGGAUGAGAAACCUGAAGCUUCACUAAAUUGGUUGAAAAAGGAAGUGGUGGGAUGAGGAAGAAUAAAGAUGGAUGGUGGAUUACUGUUUUGCCCCUAAGAUGACAUAUCAAUCUAGUAAAAUUGCAGCACUUCAAGAAUCAAAACCUGCAAUUCUAUGUUCUAAAAUCUCUCUCUCUGUUUUUUUUUUUUUUUUUUGGGAAUUUCUUUUUCCAACUAAAAAGCUAAUGGAUGUAGGAGAAUGAAUUUAAUAUAUGUCUCUUUCUACUAAUUUCCUCUAUAUGUAAUACUUUCUAGAUAUUAACAAUCUUUUUUAAUUCGUUUA